GCAGGGAGGGAGGGAUGGGCGUCCCUCGGGCCUACCCGGUGGAGCUGCAGUUCUGCCAAGAUCAUGCCAGAUCAACCAGGAGGGCAGGAAGAGGAGCCAGAGCUGGCCGGAGGGCAGGGCCUACCUCCAGCAGGGCCCACGGAAGAGGACGGGGGAGAGGCCUUCUCCUUCAGAUACAGCCCCGGGAAGCUGCGGGGGAGCCAGUACAGGAAGAUGAUGAGCCAGGAGGAAUUGGAGGAGGAGCAGAGAACCGAAGAAUAUGGCGCUAGCCUUAGCUUCCUCCUGGAGGCUUUUCCUUUUGGCAUCUUUAAAGCUUGAGAGACAAAGCGCAGCGCCCAGAGGAGCCCAGCUGGCUCCGGGGUGCAUCUCGCCCGUAGACCCGCUGGGACCCAGCCCCGCCAGCAGCCCCCGGCUGGGCCUCUGGGGAUGCCCUGGGCUGUCCCUCUGGGUGCUAAGCUGGGGGGUUUUCGGGGUUGCGCUCACCCCAGACUUUUUCUUAUCACUCACCUUGUUCCCCACACACCCUUCACAGCGUAGAUGCCAUCAAGGCUGGCACGCAGUCGUUUCCCAACCAGUUCCAGCCCAGCCUCCGGCCCCUUCCUUCACUGAAGCAACCACAAAAGACAGGUCGAAGGACGAAGAGGCGGCCCCCGUGCUCCCGACUGGCCAGGGCGCCGCCGCCCUCCUGCCCGGGGGCCACGUCCCUCCUCCGUGGCUGCCUGGGCUGUGGGGCGAGAGGCGCCCGCUGACCACUGGGCCCAGUGCCGGCGGCAGCUUCUGUCACCCAGAGUUUUCAUGUAGGGGAGCCUCAUCACUAGGAGGCCUCGAGCCGUCCUCGCCAGCCCGGCCCACCCUGCGCCUUCACUUAGGAGAAGCAAUAAUAAGAGUGUCCGCCGAGGGCCUGCCCGGCCGGGCCUUCCGCCGGGGUCAGGGAUGGGCUCGAAUCUGCCCCGCCGUCCACUCCGCCCCGGAUUAGCUUCUUGGGAUUUUAUACUUGACGAGAUUUCUACCCACAACCUCUGGUUCUUAGUGUUCCUGAAACAUUUUUUGAGCAGUACAUUUAUAGAGAACGUUUUCCAUUUACUGGGAGGCCAGGAAAUGCCCGGCAUCAGCCCCCGGGCGGCUCAUUUCCCGGGGACCUUUUCCUCUGGUUCAGGCGCUGAGAACAGGCCACGCAGACGCGGGGCGGGGGGAGGGCGAUGGACGCUCCCACGAGGCACGGCCCCCAGCCCCCAGCGGGGCCCUGGUCCAGGCCCGUCUUCCCGACAGUGAGGGGCGACCCCUCCAGGUUCAUUCCCGAGGUUUCUCUGGAAACUUCCCGAAUGUGCCUUGGGCACGGCCCCGCGUCUCGCCAGGCCUGGAUCUGCGUGUUCAGCCUUGGUUUGGUCCAAUAAACGCUGCGUAGGUGAUCUCCAUGACUCUGUGAUUUUUCAGUUAUGCUUUGUUUUUAUUUUUAAACGUCAUCUCUUGGAACGCACUCAGAUGGGCGUUCUUUCUCUGGUCUGGAUGCCUCUGCCCCCAGGGGAGCACAAGCCAGGCCCACCCUCUUGAAGGAGGCGAGUGCCCACCCCCAAGGCACACCGGGGCGCUGCUGGCGCAUCUCGCAGGGGCCCAGCCCUCCCCUCCCGCCCACAGCACUUCUCAGGCUGCAGGUCCAGGCGCUGGUCACAGGUGCUUGCUCUCUGGACGCACAUGGACUGUAGAGGUCACUUUCCGGGGUGACCAGGCAGGAGCCUACUGCUCUGAGAGGCAGCUGUGUGCAGGAUGGGCGGGCAGGGGUCAGCAGGACUGGGAGAGGCUGGGCGCCC